AUACCAUGGCCCGGAACAACACUGCCAAGCGUCCAAAGCUGUCUCUCCGAAUAUUUCUGCUUCAAAGAAAAUUGCUAAAGGAAGCCUGGUUUUUUCUGGGGAUACGGAGAAUAAGGGGUAGGGAGGAAGAGGAGGAGGAAGAGGAAGUAGAAGAACGGAUAUGGGUGGGGAGGAGAAGCCGCUCAGGCAGAUAGCGGAGGCGUUCAAGGGUCUCUCUACCAUCAUAGAAUCCCAGAAUCUCGAUGUUGAUGUUGAUGUUGCCGCUUUCUCGCGUGCCUGCUCCCUCGUUUCCGUCCUCUUCGGGUUACUGGGAUUCGCCUUCAAGUUCGCGGAGAUGGAUUACGUUGCCAAGGUGGAUGAUCUACAGAAGGCUUCAAAUUCAAUUGACACAUUAAAAUCAAUGUUAGAUCAAGAUGUUGAACAAAACACUGUUACGAAACCUGGAAGCCAUUCUCGCAACCUUCUUAGAGUGAAGCGCGGGCUCGACAUGGUUAGGGUUCUAUUUGAGCAAAUUCUAGUUGCGGAGGGAAAUUCCCUUAGAGAUGCAGCUUCAGUAGCAUAUGCAAAAGUGUUUGCUCCGUACCAUGGAUGGGCUAUCAGGAAGGCAGUUGCUGCUGGCAUGUAUACUCUCCCUACAAGGUCACAGCUCUUGAUGAAGUUGAAUGAAAGGGAGGAUUCAGCUCGGAUCCAGAUGCAAAGUUAUGUGACUUCAUCGGCAGCAGUUAUCAACUAUGUUGACGGACUGUUUUUGUCUAGAGAAAUAGGGAUAGACUGGUGACUUCCCACCCAACUUCAUUUCAAAAUGUAAUUUAAUUAUCUGUAGGCGUGGAAACCCACACAUGCUUAUUAUCCUGACAGCACGAGUGUAAUAUAUACAUGCUCCUCAUCAUGACAGUAUGAAUCUGUGCAGCUUUCUGGUUUCUGCCA